AUUGCGCACUAAAGUCCCGCGAUCUGAUUACAACGCGAGGUGCGAAGUUAGUCCAUCGUCGACUUUUAAUCGGAAGAAGUGUAAAAAUCCACGCUGCGCUCCCUGAGGAUCGCGAUCAUCAGAGCAGAUCUGAUCAUCUGAUUGUAACCCGUGCGAAAAUCCGAUGCUCGAUCGUUAGCCACGGGGUUUCUGUUUACAAAACGAUCAAAAGUAAUGUGCCGCCGCCAUGAGGGGCAACGUGGUGCUACCCUUUAGCGUUUCACUGCUCACCGUAAUCCUGGCGGCAGGACUGUCCCGAGCACAAGUGUAUGACGAAAUAGACGAGUUGGGUGGUAUCGAGGAGCGGGAGCGUGAAUCUUUGGUCAACUGUAUCCACGACUCGACGCCUCGUUUUGGCAAACGGAUCUGCGACUGUGGCUACCGGAAUGAAGAGUACAUCGCUCCCAAAUUUGAGGGCAGCACCACCGAAAUCGAGCUAGCCAACUGUAAAUACCUCCGGAUCCGGCGGGACACUUUUAGCGACCUAUUUCAGCUGACUAAAUUGACUGUUGUCAAUGUGGAAAAUUUAAUUUUAGAGCAGUACUCUUUUGAUUUUACUCGGAACAACCCAUCAGCAAGGCUUAAGAUUCAUUUCGUAAAUGAUCUCAUAGAAGAAGUACCGUCCCACUUUAUCACCGGUCCAGUGGCAGAUAUAACGUUCACCAGGUGCCGGAUUGGUAUUUUUCGUCCGUACAGUAUUAGUAACAUCCACGAGCAGUUGGAACAGCUGAACUUGGAAGAAAAUAUUAUCAAUCGUCUGGAAAGACAUGCCUUCAAGCGGUUCGACGUUGGCCAGUUUACUAUCGACGGUAGCAAGUUCCUGAUGGCUAUCCCAUCGCAAAGUUUCUAUGAAAUUGAAGUUAUCAACAGGUUCAUCAUCAGCAAUAAUUCCUUCGUUGCACUUCACCCGUUGGCAUUUGUUAUGAAAAACGUUAGCGAUUUGAUGAUAAGUAACAACGAGUUCAACGAUAUGGCAGGAGAAUCGUUUAGCAUGCAAAUUCGAAACAGUGUUCGAAUUGUUGGCAACUAUUUUGUUUCUAUAGAUAAUGCUGUGUUUAAAGCAAUUACCCUGGAUAGUUCCUAUUACAGUAGACAUUCGGAACAGCCUUCACUGCUGUUCCACAACAAUAGAAUCCAACGGUUGGAUAGCGAAACGAAAUCGACGUACUUCUCAGAUGACUUCAAUGUCCAGCUUCGCGGUAUCUACGUUCAACAGAGUAUUGAUUGUCAGCAGAUGUUGGUGUUGAAACAAUCCAACCUCCUUACUCAAAAUCAAGAAGAGGUAUUUUUCGGUGCCAUCAGCAAGUCGGGCGAGUUUAACUCGUUCCACGACAUUCGUACCAGACAAUGUGCGGAUGACAAUUUUUGGCUGUACUUAGUGAUAGGAGCUACAGUGGCUUCGAUCGUUUUAGCACUGUUAGCAUUGAUUAUAGCAUUCUACUGUGUUGCUCAGAAGAAAAAGCAACGUAAAAAAUUUGAUAUCGUUAUGCCUGAACCGAGGACGUAUCGGGAAACUCAAAUAAUUAUGCAAGUUGAGAAUCAUGGUUUGUUAAAAACAGACUUGUGAUCAGGAGACAUUACCCAAUGAUGAUCUUUAUAAAGAUAAAAAAAAAUCAAAUGUGCCAAAUAUUAUAGGAAGUUCCUAUUCUAGGAACAUUAAUGUUAAAGUUAUGCUGUGUUAAUAUUCAAUGUUAGUCCCAUAGAAAAAAAUAAAAUUUCAAAAGUACUUACGUUAUAGGAAGAUUCGAUUCUAAAGCGUUGCUUAUUGUUAAAACCGAAUCUGCUACCAUCAAACCCUUCGACAAUAGCGCUGUGUGUUUUUUGAUAGUUUCUUCAGUAUUCGCCAAAUUUUCACUCAGGUCAUCUGAAAUAUAACUCAAAUUAGUGCAUUUGCCUGGAUUCAAAGUAAACUUUUCGACUCACCAGAAAAUAUAAGAUCCUUCUUCAACAUGUUGGCACUACAUAAACCACCCAAAUAUGAUAAUUCGUACUCUAGAUGAAUCAGAGAUGCACUUGGAUAUUUCAUGAUGUUUUUGUUGUCAAAUCCAAUGAUAAGGCAUUUGAAUCCAAACUUGUUGCCCUUUGGUUCUCGAACGUAGGUAGAUGCAGUUUCUAGCGAUAUUUCAAGUUUAUUUCCUGGCAAAAUGAUGGCAUUGCUACACCAGUUCUGAGGCCUAUAAAAACAGCAAAAAAAAAUCACUAAAAGGUUCCAAGAACAGGACUGAAACACACUUACGUAUUGAACUUCUUAACAUUGAUCCACUCGAUUUCAGGCAAAUCUUCCUUAUGUGCACUUCCAGCUUUGGCGUUACUUUCCAUUUUCACGUCUUUCGAUUUCCGUACAUUAGCUGAGCUACUGGCAUGAUUAUCAUUCACAAACGAUGCAAUCUCUGCUCGAUUUUGAUCGGGCACCUGUGGUAUCUUCAAGUAAACAUAAUCCUCUGGUUGAACGGUACCACAUUGUGGAUCGAAUUCUAUCGUCAUCCAACGAACGUUCGAUGGGAAUUCAACUCUGUAAUUGGCGACGGUACUCGGCUUAUACGGAUGAUCGCUUUCAACGAUGCAGUAGUGAUGACUGGUAGUACACAAGUCGUUACUUUCUACGUUCAAACUUUUUCUUAUGGCAUCUCCUAUAUCUGCAGAAGCUUUUCCCAAGUCAUACAGUUUGAAAUUAUUUAUGAGAUUCAACGCCGAAACAUGCGGAAGGAUUGCUCUGAUCAGUCCAAGGACCUCAACCGAACUUUUCAGAUUGCUACAUACGAGAGGUCCAAUGUGUGCGAAAGUAAGCGGCAGCAACAUCGUGAAAAGGCAAGAGUCCUCCGCCGAGAAAAGUUGGAUAAUUCUCUCUUGAUUGAGCUGGUGAUUGAAUUCUUCAGCAUCGCUCCCAGUGUCGUUGAGAAUCGAAAAAUUUUCUGCUUUGCUGUUCAUUCCUAAACCUGAAGCGUUUCCGUUUGAAAUCGAGUCCAGUUUGUUGUUCCGAUCGUCAAUGUAGUCAUUAGGCGUAAUUUCUUCGGCGCCGAUUUCAAUUUCGAUAUCAAAAUCGAUCGAGUUUCUCGAUUUUUUAUCAAAUUUUAACGUUUCUAUUAUCCCUUUCGAGAAAUUUUCGAUACGCUUCGUUAUGUCUUUUGCAGUCGAAGAGUUGUUGUGGUCAAAAUUACUACUCGUCACAUUAUUAACAUUAGCAAUGUCCGAGUUGUUGAUCCAUGCAAUAUCCAAGUGUUCUUCGAUGGGAGUGAUGUUAUGCUCCGAAUCAACCGUAUGAGUGUUGUGCGAUGAAUUAGAACUUUUAUCGCUCGAAGUAGAAGAAAACGCAAUAGCGUUUCUGGCAUGAAUUAGUAAGUCUUUGCAGCGCGUUGUAAUAUCGGUAGAAAUUUGCAACGCAAUGUCUCUCGCAUGCGAUUCCUUACUAUACUUUCCGGAGUAACUGUCAUUGAUCGUUGGAAUACUGUAAUACAAAAUGCAUGGAAUUUGUCCGCGGGCCGGUGUCGUUCCGUUGAAGCUCAAAUCACAAGGAUAGAACUUGAUUGUAGUACCGCAAGGGCCUCUGAUUGCAGCAUAUCCUCCAUCCCCGGAACACGUUCUGGCACCUUGUGAGCACAGGCGCAACGCAUAGCGAACGUUUUCCUUGAUACUGAUGGCACGAUCAAAUUUGAUCUCGGUCAAAAAAUUUUUCACCAUACUUUGAUCAUAAGCUCCAACGACGGAUUCGAUAACUUCCCAUUUGUGCUGCAGUUGACUUUUUGACUCCAUGCUCUGGAAAAUAAUAGCCUAGUUAGGAGUUAAAUACUACAAGGAAUAUUAGUAGAAACAAACAUCAUACAGCAGCUCCAACUGAUACUCGUAACUACCCGACCCAGAGUAAACCUGAAAAUAGAUAUAGUUUUUAGAGAAGGUAUCACAUACCACUUGAGUUACAAACUAGAUUUUAAAAAUAACUUACACAUGCACCUGCUAUAGAUAUUCCCGGCCGAUCUACAGUGAACGCUAUGGCAUCUGGACCAAAAUUGCCAGUAUUCCAAGUUUUGCUGACAUCAAUCUUUGCAAAACGGUUUCCACUCGAAUGAAGCACAUUGGAAGGUACGAUGGCAGUUUCGAUCUGAAAAAAGUAGGAUGUAACUAAAUGUGAAUAAAUAAACAAGCGCGUAUAACAAACUUACAUCGAUGGUGCAAUUUUGAUAGAUUAUCUCCGCCAGUACUUUGGACAACAGCUUGCAAGAGUUGGUGAUAAGAUUGUUGUUCAAUCUGCGUUUCAUGCCAUCGCCAUGGUAUAUGUCAAUGCUUUGAUUGUUAUAAAUGUUUUCAAUCUUCAAUCGAAUCGGUUUCGAUAUUAUAUCUAACAAGCGACACAGCACGUCUUUGAAGGUCCAUGAACUGCAUGUCAUAGUUUUCUCUUUCUGCGUUCGAUACAACAUUUGCUCAACAAGGAUCGGAUAUUGAUAAUUUUCCGAGCUAAUCAACAUUGGGAAACCUAAAUUAUCGCUCGGGCUUGUAAGCGAUUUGUACUCGACAUUCGGUGACAGCAUCGAAAAGGUAGAACGCAGAUUUAUGUUAGGAUCACACAGACCUGCUAAUACUCCGCUCAACAGUCGAGAAUGUAAUAUUCCUUUGUCGAUUUGGGCCAACAAAUUACAAAUGCAGUUCCACUUCAGGAACGAUGUAGGAUAGAAAGCAUUGAAACAGCUGACAAACGUUUUGUGACAUUCCUCUAGAACGUCGAGAAUCAUAGCACAAAUAUCGUUACCCGAUUGGUAUGGUAGCUCGUCACAAAGGAUUUGCGUGAGUAGCGCCCUCACGUCCCCAAUACACUCGGCUAGUUGGAUAUUUUCCGAGGUAACCUUUUUGUUGCACAUGGGGGUGUUGAUUUCCAUAAUGUUGAUAUCGUUCACUUUAAGCAUAUCUGAUUUACUUUCGACAGAUGAUAUCAAACCAUUCGCUUCGUAAGCUUUACUUUUUGGAGACUUGUCUUGUUUGGAAUCUGGACGCACGUUUGGUUUACUUUUACUAUUCUGCUUUUCUCCGUUUGUGAAUCCCUUGUACGGAUAUAUCUCAUUAAUAUAUUUUCUGAGCAAACGUAGACUCGCUUUGCAAAUGUAGACUAGCCUGUUUAGCGAAAUGGUAUUUUGAUUGGUUUUACGCUGCAAAAAAGGAAAUUGAAAAUUAGGAUUUUAAUUUUUUGCUUUUAAAAAUAUAGAACUUACAGUUUCUAACAAAUCUGUUGUUGAGACUUUGAACGAGCUCCAGCUCCAAUUCAGAAGCAUAACUAAACUUUCAAAGCAGUCCUUAGUCAGAGUAUUAGCAAACAAUUUCGAUAAUUUGCAAACUGGCUCUAACGAUGCAGCUGGGAACAUAGCUUUGCUGUUUUGGGAGAUUACGCGGUACAAAAUGGAUGCAAUCUGACCCGAAGCCACAUUUGUACCGUUGUUCGCCUUUUUGGAAGCUUUGAAAUGGAAAACAACGUUAUCAGCCGUGGUCACGGUAGCUUGUCCCAAAGCUCCACAAUCUGAUGAAGGGCCGGAAAUUUUAGCCAGUAUCAAGUACCACCGGUCUGCACUGAUGGUGACAGGAUUGGGCAGGGUAAUGUUAUAUUUGCAUUUCGAAGGACAUUCGUAAGGAACCUCAUCCACUUCUGCUAUCAAAACACCUUCCUUCUCGUUGAUUCCUCCAUCGUAACCCAAAUCGAAUAACUUCAUUUUGCACGUAUAUUCUCCACGUCCACCGUACAUUCCGAAGCCGGCUGUAAAUAAUAAGUACCAUAUAAUUAUCCAUUGAUAUUGAUAGGAUUUUUGUAUUCUCAUACCGAUCAUGACGUCUGAAUCACACAUGAAUCGAAUCGCUUCCACGCUGUAACUUGAAUAACCCCAGCCUCCACCGAAGUUCUCAAAUCGGGAUACGGUAUUGUACUCGGUGUUAUCUUUACUAUCCCCGUUAUUUGCCUUGUUAGUUAUAUCUGUCGGAAUGAAACAUUUUUUGCUGAAAAAUUAAAAUUAUGUUUGGAAAAACCAUUGAAAAAUGCUGAAUGCAUAAUUACAGAUUUUUCUGGUUCGUAGUCAAUAUAUCCAAUGUGGACAAAAUAUUCAAUGAAGCUUGAUACCGCGUCACUUCUGCGUCGGCUUGCGUUGGGAGAGCAAUCUCGGGUGUAAGAAUGGCAAUCGCAUCCUUGGCAUUCUAUAAGUUAAAAAAACAUUAAAAUCUGACUAAUUCUGACCUGUUGCAGAAAAUUUACCUCGCUACUGGGUGUAAUGUCUGAUGCGAUUACAUUGAAGAACAUCAUGCUCUUAGAAACGCUAUCGAAUCCCCACAGAAUACCGAAACAGGGGUCCAUUGCAAAGGCAAAGGCAACAUAAGGUUGCCUCAUGGUUGCAUCGGAGGAAUAUUUAGCAUCAUAGCUAUUGUCCAUAUCACACAAAAUUAGUUCCUGAUUCUCUGGAGCAUUUUCCGGACCAAAUUGUUGUGCGGGUUGUUGCUGUUGUUGUUGUUGAAUUUUAACCCGUUUUUUGCCAACUUGGCCAUCCUUCUCGUCUAACUUAUCGGUGAUGGUUCUGAAAUCAAACUGGUUUGUGUUGUGGGCUUUGCAGUUGCCGUUCCGUCGAUUGAUUGCAAUACAAUUCAGUUGCAGCUGAUUGUUUGGAACCAAGAGGAUAGUAUUUUUAUCCGCGACUACGCUGAACUUCGAGAGCAUCGAUGCAUUCACAAGCGAUUCGUCUACUUUAAUGAAAGUUUGAUCACCACUGGCCCCAAUCCAGGAUGCCUUUUUGCCUGUUGAUGGACCUAUUCCACUAAAAACAUAUAGAAAAUUUUGUAAUCUAUAUAUAAAACAAGAGGAAUUAGAUGAACUUACGUAACAGAUCCAGGUGAACAAUUCCAGAGGAAUUUUUGACGUUGAAGCAAAAUAUCCGCUACAGUUCCUCUUUCAUUGGUUGAAUCAAUACGACCAGAUGACAAGCCUGAUGAAAUACCAUACGUCUCAGUUCCAGAGGUGAAAUGAUUUUCUCCCGGUAGACGUCCUAGUUGACCUUUUUGAUAGUUACCAAAGGUAUAGACGAUACCUUUGCUGGUCAGCACAACCGUGUGAUUACUACCGGCAGCCACCUGGCUAACCAUAUGAGGAAUUUUUACAAGAUGUGCGCCGGAAAUAGGCUGCAAAUCGCCGGUGCCUAACUGACCGUAUUGAUUGCUGCCAAACGUGAAUACCUCGCCAACCAGGGUCAGCACCACUGUGUGAUGCAAUCCACAACUAAUCUGAACGAUCGGACUUUUGGAUGGCAAUUCAACACGUUGUGGUGGUACAGGUACAACCCUGGGCGUGUCUGUGUCAGAAAAUUGGUUACCCUCUUCGCCGUGACGAAGAUUAUCAUACUUUCUGUGGAGAGCUUCCUUAAUGCGAUCGGCACCAGUCGUUGGAUUUGAUUCUGAGUUGUGCUCUGAAAAAUGAAAGAAUAUUUCAUUCUUUACAAAUAUUUCAUUGCAAAAGGAAUACAUACCGAAGGGAAGCGAACCACUUUCUUGGGAUGCCACGCAUGAGCUACAACUUCCACAUUUUGAACAACCGGCACUCCCAUGGCCACAGGAACAUGGCCUGAAAUUAAUUUUUUUUAUUAUUUUUAAAUUAAAACCUUAAAUUUGAACGAAAAUUUCAAAAGAAAAGCAAAAAACUCACGUUCCAGGAACACGUUCAUUGACAAACGUCUUUUUCGUGGAAACACACGCUGUAUUAUACCCGGUACAUUCACGGCAUACAUUGCAGAUCUAAAACAAACAAGAGUUCGGAAUGUUAAUUUUAAUGUUAAGCUUUAAAUUAAACUCUCUAACUCACUCUACAUUUUCCAUCGACAAUAUUAUGCUCAUCGAUAGGGCACAUCGGCCUGAAGCUCGGUUGUUUGGGUUUUGGAUCAAAGGCAUCAUCGUUCCGGUCUUUGGUAAAUUUUCUCCCACAUUGCCCCUUGUUGUUCAAGCCAAACGUGUACAGCUGUCCUUUGAUGUCCAGAGCAACACAAUGGGCCUUCCCGAGGGCAACUUUUACUAUCUGCACCUCGCUCAGGCCCGUCACAAUACCAACUGAAUCGCAAUAGUUGGUAUCUUUUCCGAACAUGAUUAGUUUCCCGUCUUUGGUUACAAAUGCAGAUGUGCCAUUGUUACACGAUACAUUGGUAAUGAAGUAGCCAUCAAUUUUGGAGACUUUCUUGGGUUUCACCGCUUUAAGUUGUCUCCGAUUUUUCGACUGUUCACCAUCUUCUCCUCUGCGAGCCGUUCCGGUGAAGUAUACGGAUCCAUCUUCGUUUAGUAAAAGUGCAUGUAUGCCAUCAUGUCCCACAGCCAGUUGGGUGAAGUUGGUUGAUUUGGAAAUGAUCAGUUCGUUAAGUUUCAGAGAAGGAUUUUUUCCAACAGCUUUUAAACCCAAACUGCCACCUUUACCAUAGUAGAAGGUUUUUCCAUUGCUGCCAAGCACUAAACCGAACUCUUUACCACAAACUAUUCCAUUCAGGUUGACUUCAUUCGGUAGUCCUGGGAUGAAGUUAUUGUUGGUGCUUUGUAUUUUCUUCAGCUGGUUUUCACUGAGAAUUUCUUCCUCGAACGUCGAGUAGCCCAACGUAUAGAAUCCAUUUUUCGCUAGCUUUAGAUUGAGAUCAAAUGCAAAUGAGUUCUUCGAGUAUAAUUGUUUUACAAGCAGAUUAUCCUGUGAGGCACAAUAAGAGUUGAUUAAAGUUUUGCCAAUUUAACCAAACAAUUUCAAAACUUACACUUCCUGAAGUUGUACAAAUACAGCUAAUGGAUUCACCAUCUGUAAACAACAGACAAUUAUUUCCAUCCUUCAUAGAGAUCGAAGUUUGGGUCUGAAUUGAACCCGUUAUCUGUAACGUUUCCGUGUCCACCACAAGCAGAUUAUCCAUGUUACGUUUUGAUAACUUCUUGUAGAGAAGUUUAUUCUGCAAAAGAGAAACGUUAUUUUCAAUGUUUGAAGAUUGAUUUCGUUGCAAAAUAAAAUUUUACAUUGCAAUAUCCGAUCCAUUCGUUCUUGUCCUUGCCGAAGUCUUUCGCGAUACCGUAGAUGAAACCGGGAACAGUUCCGUUGAAACCGGAACCAAUUUUAAUCAGCGAUUUGGAUAUUAAAAUAUAGAUAAACUUGCCAUCGGAGGCAAUACAGUUUGGAGUGAAGACCUUCUCCACGAACAUGUAAUCUUUUAUGGUGAACUGCAAAUGAAUUGAAACAAAUGUGAAAUAUUUAACUAUUCGAGGAAAGUCUGUUGACAAAUGUUACUCACGUAGUCGAUCAAGCUGUGUUGAGCAAUACCAUACGCGUAGUAAUCUGGCAGGUUAAGCUGACCGAGCGCCACGGAGUGUACGCUACGUUGCAGCUUUAUGAUACUCUGGGGUAGCUGGAUCAGUUGCCCGGACAGUAUUUUGGGUGACAUCAGAAUGGAAGUGACCGCUUUCAGCAGCUUACCGGUAUCUCCCUUUGCGGUACACAAAGCCAGCAGCGUAGAACAACUGAUUGAAGACCAAUUCAAAUUCUCCUUCUGAUGAUUUAUGUUGGAACCUGCAGCCGGAGAUUGGCUAUGCAUCGUGGCCAGCUCGAGAAGAAUCUCAUAAAGAGAAUUGAACAGCUUUUCGGGUUCAUUGCGGAAACUUUCGGGAUCUUGACCUGUAGAAUGAAAUCCAAGUUUAAGGUGGGCGAGGAACGUUGCGAAUAAAUAAGUAUUUUUGUACCUUGAAUGAUAUCGUACAGUGAUUUAAGUGCCUUUGUACAAAUUCGUGGAUGUUCGGUUCGAGUUUCUGAUAUUAUUUCAAACAAGCUUUCUAGCCCUGCUCCAACGAUCUAAAA